AUGCAGGAGCAGAGGGCCACCUGGUCCUGUUUACUUCUCUACAUCACCGCUCAUGUUGCAGCGUCCGCGCUCACAGAUCUGCGGGCUUGUGAAGAGGCAGACUACUUCUACCAGUACACAGAGUGUGACAGCACUGGGUCACGAUGGAGAGUGGCCAUCCCCCUUAGACCAGGCUCCUGCUCUAAUCUGCCCCCUCCCUCCAGGGGCACAGACUGCUCAUUCUCCUGCCCAGCUGGCAUGUAUCUGGAGAUGUCCAUGCAGCAGUGCACGCCCUGUGCUGCAGGCUCAUACUCACUGGGCAGCGGACUCAGGUUUGACCAGUGGGAUGCUAUCCCAGUGGGCUUCACCAGCAUGGCCAGCUUCAUGGACAAUAGUCAAUCUGGAGAGGACGUUCAAACAUGCAACAGCUCAUCCUGGACUCCACAGGGAGUGUAUCUGGAGUCAAAUCGGGAUGAGUGUACAGUAUCUUUGAUUUAUGCUGUCCACUUGGAAAAACAAGGCUCUGUCUCAUUCACAUACCAGUACCCAGACAACAACAUCUUCUUUGAGUUUUACGUGCAGAAUGAGCAGUGUCAAGAAAUGGCUCAGAACGAUGAACAAAAGUGGAUUAAAAUCACUAGCAACGGAGAAUGGGGCACACACACAGUAAAUUUGAAGACAGGUACAAACAUCCUUUAUUGGAGAACGACUGGGAUCUUAGUAGGAGGGAAAAGAGUAAAUCCUGUGCUGCUAAAAAACAUCCAAAUAGAAGGAGUGGCGUACACAUCUGAGUGUUUCCCAUGCCGUCCUGGAUGGUUCAGUGAAGCCCCAGGGUCCUCCUCCUGUCAGCCCUGUCCCAGCAACACCUACUCUGCAAAGGGAUCAUCCUCCUGUGCCCCCUGCCCAGAAAAUCAUUUUGCACAUGAAGGAUGGGCAGAAUGUAGAGUGAGGCCAGCAUGCUCAGAAAAGGACUACUUCCAGAUCCACACAGCAUGUGACAGUGAAGGGAAGACACAGAUGCUGUACCGUUGGGUGGAGCCUAAGAUUUGUAUUGAGAACAUCACUGGGGCGGUGGAGCUGCAAACCACUGGUCAACGAGAGCCUUGUCCUCCAUGCAACCCCGGCUACUACAACAGCAACGACUCCACGUGCCUCCCCUGCCCGCCGGGGUCACACUCCGACGGCACUUACGUGUGUAAAAAGUGCCCUGCAGGUACAGAACCUGUCCUGGGUUAUGAGUACAAGUGGUGGAAUGUGCUCCCCACAAACAUGAAGACCUCCUGUUUCAAUGUCGGGAACUCUAACUGUGAUGACAUGAACGGCUGGGAAGUAGCAGGAGACCACAUUCGCAGUGGAGCAGGAAGUUCUGAUAACGAUUAUCUGAUACUCAGCUUGCAUGUGCCUGGCUUCAAGGUCCCAGCGUCUCUUUCAGGGAUGACUGGAGGCGACUUUGGCCGAAUAACCUUUGAGUUUGAAACCCUUUGCUCUGCUGACUGUGAAUUUUAUUUUAUGAUGGACGUGAAUCCUAAAGGCACCACAGUGGUGGAGUUUUGGGAUGGCAGUAAAGUGCGACAGACGUAUUCACUUGUUGUGACCAAGAAUUCUUCGGUCACAUAUACUUGGGCAUUUCAGAGAACCAAACACGCUCAAUAUAUGCGUCGUUAUGUGAGUGAUAUGGUGAAGCUUUACUCAGUCAGUGUGACCAAUGUUCUGGAUGGAGUAGCGUCUGCAUGUCGAGCCUGCGCCCUCAUACCCCAUAACUCGCUUCGGGCUAGUUCCACAUGCGUGCCCUGCCCUGCGGGAUAUUACAUUGAUAGAGACACAAACCGAUGCCUUGAGUGUCCACCCAACACUUACUUAGCAGGGCGUCACACCUACGGCCAGGACACCUGUGUUCCCUGUGGUCCUGGAAGUAAGAGCAACAAGGAACAUUCUCGUUGCUUUAGUGACUGCUUGUUCACUCACAGUGAGAAUAACCGCACCCUGAUGUUUGACUUUGGUGAUAUGAGCAAAGUGGCGUCUGUGACCAUCGGGCCAAGCUUCACCUCCAAAGGAACCAAGUACCUCCAUCUGUUCAACAUCAGCCUUUGUGGCAAUGAGGGGAAAAGAGCGGCCCAGUGCACGGAUAAUGUCACAGACGUGUCGAGCAAAGACGGUCAGAGUGACUCGGCUCAGUUCAUCAGCUCCGUGGACAGUUUCAUCUGUCAGUCAACCAUUAUCCCAGCCGACGGACGGGGCUUCAGGAUGGCCAUUUCCUCUCAGUCUAUCAGCCUUGCGGACACGUUUCUUGGUGCAACUGUUGACUCAGUCUUUGAUGGAAUAAAUGCAAAACUUGAUUUAUUUGAGGAAAACACAAGGGAGGUACCUGAUAUAAAUUUCUACUACAGAUCAACUCAAGCAACAGCUUCAUGUGAGAAGGGUCGCAGUUCAGUCAUUACUGUUCGCUGUAACACAGAAAAGUCUCAGCGUGGAGAGCUCAGUGUACCCAGCUCUUGCCCAGCAGGAACUUGUGAUGGAUGCACUUUUCAUUUUCUGUGGGAAAGCUCUGGGGCAUGUCCUCGCUGCACUCAGGAUGACUACCACCACAUCGAAGGAGUAUGCAAAGGAAGCAUGCAGGAAAUCAUCUACAUGUGGAAGGAGCCAAAAGUCUGCACCAAAGGCGUGUCUCUGCCUCCCAGAGGCUCCGCCCACUGUGAAGCCAUCGCACUGUGGCUCAAAGUUGGAGUUGGAGGAGGGGCAUUUGCAGCUGUGCUGCUCAUCUCUCUGACAUGCUAUUUCUGGAAGAAAAACAAAAGACUGGAGUACAAAUACUCUCGUUUAGUGAUGUCUGCAAAUAAAGAGUGCGAGCUGCCCGCUGCAGACAGCUGUGCUCUGGACGAAGGGGAGGAACAAGAGGAUGAUGUCGUCUAUUCCAAAAAGCCAACGCUACUGGGAAAACUCAGAUCUAUAGCCAGCAAGCAAACAGAAGGGGAGUGCAGCGAGUCUGUUCAAUUGAACUCCUCUCACAGUGAAGGGAGACCGCGUCCGAAACCCAAGCGAACGAUCGAUCUGCCAUUUCAGUCUCUUCUUUUAUUCAAGUGGUCCUCCAAAAUUCAAGAAAUGGCGCGUGGCUGCGUUUGUUGUGUGAAAUAUAUGCUCUUUCUCUUCAACCUGCUCUUUUGGCUGGGCGGCUGUGGCUUGUUGGGAGUCGGCGUGUGGCUGUCCGUGUCCGAGGGAAACUUCGCCACGCUCUCUCCUUCGUUCCCCUCCCUCUCCGCCGCCAACCUGAUCAUCACUCUGGGCACAGUGGUUAUGAUCACAGGUUUUCUUGGAUGUCUCGGUGCCAUUAAGGAAAACAAAUGUCUGCUUCUCAGUUUUUUCAUAGUCCUUUUGAUCAUCCUUUUUGCCGAACUUGUCCUCCUCAUUUUGUUCUUUGUCUACACGGAUAAGGUCAGUGACAAUGCUAAAAAAGACCUAAAGGAAGGAUUAGUUCUCUAUAACACGGACAAUAAUGCAGGCCUUAGGGAUGCUUGGAAUGCCAUACAGGGAGAGUGGAAGUGUUGUGGCGUGCUGGGCCACACUGACUGGUACACGGCACUUCAGGUCAACCACGUUCCUGAUCGCUGCUGCCAGCAUGUCUUCCCUGGCUGUGGUCGCAAUUCAUCAAAUGCUUUCUGGACAAGGGGUUGCUAUGAGAAAGUAGAAGAGUGGUUAGACGACAACAAGCACCUGCUGGGAACCAUAGCGAUGUGCGUGUUGGUCAUUCAGCUCCUCGGAAUGGCAUUUUCAAUGACAUUAUACCAACAAAUUCACCGAGCUGGAAAAAAGUAUGAAGCUUAG